AUGAGGCAUGGUUAUCGGCCUUCUACUACUGAUGGUAUUAUUAUUGUUAUUGUUAUUGCUAUUACUGACAGACGGACGCUUCAGGUGAUCGAGCAGCCGGCGGAGCAGCAGUCUUUGGGAGGGCGGGCGGCUAGGGAAGGCCAAGGGUCGGACGAAGGGGAGGUGAAUGAAGAUGUGGGUGCGGAAGCGCCGGCCGGUGAGAGGGCGGCGGAGCCAGUACAGGAAGCGGAAAUGAUGGAAUUCGAUGAGGACAUGUUCAAUUUGGACAUUGGAAACCUGGACGACAUGGAUGCCUUCCUAGCUUCGCUGGAGGGUGGAUCAUUUUAG